AUGCAUCCCACCACCCCAGCAGCAGCCUCACCCGCCGUAGCCCGGCCCCCCGUCCCCUCCGACAAAGCCUGGGCAUCCCUCAUCACCAGCGACGCCUACCUCCCCGGCCUCCUGACCCUCAACCACGCCCUCCGCGGCGUCGGCUCCUCCUACCCCCUCGUGGCGCUCUACACCCCGUCCCUCUCCGCCGCCGCCCUCGCCGCCCUCGCCGCCCGCGCCAUCCCCGCCCUCGCCGUGCCGGCCCUCUCCCCCCGCUCCGGCAAGUCGUACCCCGACGACCCCCGCUUCGACGACUGCUGGACCAAGCUCGUCGUCUUCUCCCUCGUCGGCUUCGCCCGCCUCGUCCUCCUCGACGCCGACAUGCUCCCCCUCCGCAACAUGGACGAGCUCAUGGACCUGCCGCUCGACGCCGACCGGCGCGUCUUCGCCGCCGCCCACGCCUGCGUCUGCAACCCCCUCGGCAAGCCGCACUACCCGCGCGCCUGGGUGCCCCGGAACUGCGCCUUCACCGCGCAGCACGCCGACCCGGACGCCGCGCAGGUCCGCGCGCCCGACGCCGCCGCCGGCCUGGGCGCCCUCAACAGCGGGCUGCUGGUGGUGCGGCCCUCGCACGGGCUGUUUGACCAGAUCGUCGGGCACAUGCACGCCAACGCCGACCGGUACACCCACCCGGACCAGGAUCUGCUGGCGGACCUGUACCGCGGCAGGUGGGUAGCCCUGCCGUACGUGUACAACGCGCUCAAGACGAUGCCGGCGCGGGGGGUGCACGACGCCAUCUGGAGGCCGGGCAGCAUCAAGAACGUGCACUACAUCCUCAGCCCGAAGCCGUGGGAGGAGCUGGACCAGAGCGGCAACUGGACGGGGACAGACGAGACCCAUGCGUGGUGGGUCGAGGCAAACAAGGAAAGGCUGCGGCAGGAGGAGGGCAAGGGCGGCUCGGGGGUAAAAGACGCGUGA